AGAACUCUCUGGACACAGGUCACGCCCACUGCUCCAACUACCGGGUAACGCAGCGGACCCGGUGACGCAACCAACUGUAAUAAUCUCAUUUCACAGUUUCUCGACAUAAAGUAGGACUCUCUCGUCAGGAUACCACCUGCUUCACCGGGAACGCUUUGGACUACUGUCAGCUGAGGUACUGUUGUCUGUCGCUUUAUUUUGUGAAGCGACCAACAGCGAAAUAGCCGGUUUUGCCCAGCCUCUGCUUGCUAGCGUUAGCUUCAAGUAGCGCGGUGACUCUAGCUCAGACGAGAGCUAGCUAACAUUUGCUAUUUGUUUGGUUUGAACUCAGAGUCGGAGGAAUUUUGGCAGACUCCUUUUUUGAUCCUCUCAUCACUUCCCCGUGUGGCGACACGUUGCAUCCACCGGACGUCCGUGUGUAUGUUUUGAAGGACUGGAGUGUGUCCGGCGGGCACCCCUUGCCUAUGCUUCUUGUGUUGUGAAUCUUACUUGAACUCAGGCUAAUGGCGAACGCUGCCCCUCCAGCCUCAGGCUCCGCCACCACUGAGAACUUGAACCCCGGCUCCAGCAGUGCAACUGGGGGUGACAGCGGCAGUCAAGACAGUACCUUCGAGUGUAACAUCUGUCUGGACACCUCCAAGGAUGCUGUGAUCAGCCUGUGUGGACACCUCUUCUGUUGGCCAUGCUUACAUCAGUGGUUGGAGACCAGACCCAACAGACAAGUGUGUCCAGUGUGCAAAGCUGGCAUCAGUCGAGACAAAGUCAUCCCUUUAUAUGGGCGGGGGAGCACAGGCCAGCAGGACCCAAGAGAACGAACACCUCCUCGACCACAAGGGCAAAGGCCUGAGCCAGAAAAUCGUGGUGGAUUUCAAGGAUUUGGCUUUGGAGAUGGGGGCUUCCAAAUGUCCUUUGGAAUUGGUGCCUUUCCUUUUGGUAUUUUUGCUACAGCUUUUAACAUCAACGAUGGAAGACCUCCACCAGCUGCCCCUGGGACACCACAGCACAUGGACGAGCAGUUUCUUUCUCGACUUUUCCUGUUUGUCGCUCUGCUGAUUAUGUUCUGGCUGCUAAUUGCUUAAAUGCCCAAACAACCAAAACAAAGCCUUGUGUUAAUGACCCAAAAGAAAGGAUUUGACUGUCAGAGAUUAGACACUAUGAUACAUCAUCGCUGUUUGCAUCUACUUGUUUCUGCCUCUCUACAUUUUUGAUGUUGUAAUUGAGCUUUUUUCUUUUUUUUCUAUGCUUCAUUAUACUGUAGAUAAUGUGUCUCCUCUUUCACCACUUGGAGAAACUCAGCGUCUUAAAGCAAAAACUUGGUCCCGAAAAUUCACAUACCACAACAAGCAUAGGGCAGCAUGGUGGCACAUCAGGUAAUGCUGUUGAAUCGCAGCGAGAAGGUCCUGGGUUACAGUUUUCUGAGACAAGGAAUUUUAAACACGAUGUGUAGUAAGGUUGGUAAUUGAGAGGACAAGAAGAGCAUAACAGGGUUUUUAAAAAUUUCGUAGAAAAAAAGUUAAUCUAAGCUAUGCUUGCAUUUUUAUUGUGAGAGGAACAUCUGUGCAUUUUACACCGUUAUAUUUUUACACAUUUCUAACUGGAUGCUGGUUACUUCACUGCCUUUCAUUUGUUUCCACAUGUGUAAUGCUGUCAGUGACAUCAUGUGGCAGCUCACCAAAUGUCUUAAGUCACAGCAAGGAUAGAAACAAAGCCACGUGAGAUUGAAAUGAUGCAUGUCUGUCGAAGAAAAAGGCUUCUGUGAUAAUAAUCGAAUAAGUAAGUUGUAGCUGCAAUAUACAACAUAUUGAUGCUUUUUAUCAUGAUCAGUUAGUGUGAUUGCUUUGCAAAACACACUAAUUGGACAAAUGAGGAAGAAUUUAAUUAAGUUAAAUGCUUUUUUCCCUACUUAUUUCUUAUUAUUCACUUGCGGCGUUUGUCAUCAUCAUCAUCAUCAUCAUCAUCAUCAUUAUUAUUAUUGUUGUUGUUGAAACUUAUUCCAAACUACUGUACUUCAUACUUUAGACACACACAGGGGCAUGUGUGCUGUGACGUCUUUUCAGUACUCUGCCCACAUAAAUAUUUUUCUCUUUAUUGCUGAAUUUUUUCCUGCACAACUGGACGGCUGAUUGUUCAGCUGGAGUGCACUGGUGGUCCUCAUCGACUUCAGUUGCACUUUUAACACAAUUAUCUGCUUUUGACUGUUGUUUUGAUACUAUUAGUACGUUGAAAGGCAUGUUAUACUACAAAAACCCUAAUGAAGAUCUUCAGUGGUCAUUGAGUUGAACAUUCAACACUUGGACUGUCCAAAUCCUGUCCAUGUUUUAGGCUAUAGUUUCCAUUCAGAUGUGAUUCUAACACAUCUCUAUUUUUUCACAUCACCUAUACUGUUUUGUGUUAAAUUUCUGUUGCAGAAUACUCAACUUGAUUACACAGUCACUGGACUUCCACUGUGUGAAUGAUAGUUUUACUAUUAUACCCAUAAGCUUCUAAUGAGAUAUAAAAAAUUUAUAUCUCAUUGCUCCUGUUUUCUGUAUUGGGUCCUACAGCUUGAGUCCCUCCAUACUCUGCACACAAGCAUCUUUUUCCUGUUAAAAAUGUAUUUUUUUCUAGUGUCUAAACUAGACCCCAGAUUUUAUUUAUAGCCACAUUUUAAUACUGUUUUAUAAACCUGGGCUGGAAUCGGUUAUGCAGCCAAAUAUACCUGAUUUUCCAUCAUUACAGAUAAUUGGCACAUGCACAGUUGUGUACAAAUAUUUGUCAACAUCAAAAGGAUUAAAAGAUGAUUCAGUAGCAGUUAUCCUGUCACUGAUGUCUGAUUUACAUGUUCACACAUUUCAAGCCUUGAAGCAGUGUUUCACUUUUGGUAAAAUAUUACGAGUUUACUGCAAAAGGAAACCAUGAACAUUCAGCUGCUGACCUGAGUUUCUUUACACAAGUGAACCACAGCACAAUAGGCAGUAAUGGAAAAUGUUUAGGUCUCCGCAUGGUUAAAUUACAGAGUGAACACCGUCAUCUGCACUUCUAUGUAUCUUGCAUCAGGGACAAGCAACACAAUCGCUUACACUCUAAAGCGCGGUCUGCAUGUAAACAAAUCAAGGCUGUGAGCUACAGGUAUUGUUCAUUUAGCUUGUAAACUACAUCCCUUGACACAAAAAAUGACACCAUCACUGCAAUAUUACUAUGUGUUAGAAGUAUGCUCAUGAGAUUUAGGUUUUUGCCAGAAAAUGCAAGGGAAUGAAAAUGAAGAAAACUGAGAAUUAACUGACUCUAAAGACUGAAAAUGAUCUGCCAAAGUGAAAUACAACCCUAGAAAUUGCUUUGCAGUUACAGAUGGGAUAUUCACUUUGCUGGUGUUUUAUUUGUUGCAAAUAAUCCCCCAUACUGAAUACCAGCAUGUCUUCACCCCACGUUGUCUCUAUUUUCACCAAUACAUCAAUACAUUAGAAAAAUAUAUUUACAGUUACAAAAAUCUUUAAAGUUGAAACAGUCAUCACCAAAUGAUGAAUUUACCAAAAAUGCUAUGCAUGUCAUGUGAAGUCAUGAAUAUUGAAGUUUGCAAUCAUAAAAAAUGGUCACACUGCCUCUUUAUUGUAGAUGAGACAGACAAGAUGUGAUGAUGCACAUAAUAAGCUGAAUGACUGAUUUCUGACAGUGUUCUCUCCCAAAUUGUGUAAUGUUUAAUUUUGCUGAGUUGGAUUGUUUGACACUGCAAUUAUAUGUAAAAUACUGUAGAAUAUGGAAGAGUUCAAAUGCAGAUUAUUGAUUUAACAUUAACCAGUUUUCUAAAUGUGAAUUCACUCUAUUGACAGAAAUGCUAUGUAAAUAAAGAUGUUAAUCACAGUC